AUGUGGUCGCCUAUUCCCCGAGCUGAUCUGCCUACAAGAACGAGUUCGCAAGGAAUUCGGACACUUCGGACGGCCUGUGCCACUGGUCGCCUGGUAACAGCCUACAUCACCCAACAGUUGUUCCCGCACUAUCGGAUAGUCCUCACAGGGCGUAUCUCCAUGAGGUGUUCACCAGGCAUCUCUGUACAGGCUGUCUGCUACUUGAGAUGUCUUGUAGCAGACUAUUUGGGAGGAGUGAGUCGUCGGACACCUGGACUCUGCGGCGGCCUUCAAGUUCAUCGGCACCAUGGUGGCCCCAGUGGUAGACAACUAGUAUCUACUAUCCAGGCCGACGAAAGCGCUUCUCCUACUCUUCCGAAACGAACCGACAUCUAUGAUAGCGCUUGGGACUUGCUAUCUCAAUCUUCCGUAAGAAAGGGAAAACGAUGGCGAGACUUGGCUGAAAAGCGCCGUGUAACCCUGCAGACGGAGGGAGAUAGACGCACUUCUCUAGUGCACGCCAUUAUACCUCGCUCGUUGACCCGCUCUAGAGAAUAUCUCAGUAAGAAGCAAGCAACGUCAGCCGAGAAUGGAGCACAGAUUUUUGAGAAAGUAGUGGAUAGACUUUCCCAGGCUGACCUGGGUCAACUACCAGCGGAAGAGGCCGAUCGCAUCGUUCUCGCAUAUACCUUAUCCAUGGAGGGGAACAUGGAAGAUGCCGUUCUGGAAUUGACAGGCAUACAUUCUAGUUCAUGGACUCACGAACUUGCGAUUGAUACAUGUCGUUUGAUUUUCGACAGUUGCGCUAAGAACGGGAGAUCCAGGUUUGGGGAGUCUUUGUUGGAUCAUUUAAUAACAGUAAGCAAGUCCCUUCAUCCGAAAUACGCAGUCGGCGGCUGGCGCCUCGUAGAGGGUUAUGCAAGUGAAGGAGACUUAGAAGCUGCGGACCGGUUACUGGUCAGGCUGUGUGGAAUGGGAUAUAUACCAUCGAAACAAGCUUUGAAGCUGCUGUUGUCUCAACAUCAAAUUGCACGACGCCAGAGAGGGAGAGACAUGAAAACCGCGAUGCUGUCAAUAGUGUGGGGUUACUUCACUACUGUUCGCAAGGCGGCUCAAGAUGAUCAAGUAACUAGGAAAUCUGAUUCUCUCUUGAAGGCACGAGAUCGAUUAUACUUGGAGCUGGUUAAACAAUGCGUCACGUACGGCGGUCUGACUCAAGCAGGGCAGAUCCUUGCGUGUGUACAUACGAGACACGCGGAUUUGGUUGUUUACGGUUAUAAUCUCCUCUUAACAGGACAUGUGUCCGCGGGCAGCAUUGAAAAUGCGUCAAAAGUGUACCGGUUGAUGCUCUCGGAGGAGGUGAAGCCCAAUAUAUCCACGUUCAACAUCUUGUUGCAAGCGUAUAUUCAGGCGGGAUCGUACGAUGGUGCAGAGACCCUCAUACAAGAGAUCACGCGUCGGGGAAUCGCAUGGACCGCGACUUCUUACCGACAUGCAAUCCAGUUACGCGUCCACCAAAAUAAUCUACUUGGCGCAAAGCAGCUCGUACAACAGCUCGUUAAAGAAGGAUUGAAGGUGGACGAAAAGAUCAUCACUCACUUAAUGACCGGAUACGCGCGGUCGAGAGAUAUGGGCGGUGCCAUUGAUCUUUUAAAUUUCUUUGAGGAGCAAGGCAUCCAAGUCCCUCUGAACGUAGCGAUCUUCAAUAAGCUCUUGUAUGCCUGCGUUAGAGGAUCAACCGGUGAAGUUGAGCGCCUCCGUGCGAUUAUGAUGGAACAAAAUAUAAAUCCAAACUCGGAAACGUAUGUAAAUCUGGCCUCGCACUACGCCGCUGUGGGAGACGCGGAACGCUGUAUGACGUGGCUGGAGAAGAGCGAAAUCAGUGCUGCAGACACCAAGGUGAUAAAUCGCGUUUUGUCGCAAUUUGCCCAGACUGGUGAGACAGACAAGAUUCACGAUGUGAUGCAAAAGCUCGAGCGAAGAGGCGUGAAGUUUAAGAUUGAUACUUAUAAUAUCCUGAUAAAGAGCGUAAGCAAAACUGGGCAGCCGAAAGACGCGGAAAAAAUUUUGGACGACUUGAAAGGGAAGGGCGUGCACCCGGACACGAUCACUUAUAACACCAUGAUAGCGAUUUACGUUCGGCAUGAUGAUUUAAAAAGUGCGAACCGAAUGUUUCGUACAAUGGCAAGCCUAGAUAAACCAGUCAAACCGGACCGGUUUACGUACGCUACGCUGAUGGAUGCUCACGCAAAGUUGGGGAUGAUGGAAGUCGCUUCCCGUCUGUAUUCCACCAUGCGGAUGCGGGGUAUCAAAGCAGAUCACGCCGUUUAUCACACCUUACUCAAAGGCUUCUGUCAAAUCGGAGAUGCGACGCGCGUAAAGGAAAUAAUUGAUGAGAUGCACGCAGAUGGCUUAUCUCCAACUACGUUAACUUACAACGUCAUAAGCGCUGGUCUAAUUCAACGUGGUGCUCUUGAUGAAGCGGAAUGGUGGAUCAAUCACAUGAGACAAGCUGGCGCUCGCGGCGAUCUAUACUCUUACAAUCAACGCAUUCAGCUUUUUGUUGCAAAACGGGACAUGAUGGCAGCGGAAAAAGUCUUCGAUGAAAUGUCAAACGACGUGAUACGUCCGGACGCAACGACUUUCAACACUUUGCUAACAGGUUGGUAUGCUGUCGACAAACCCGAUGAAGCGCGCCGCCUUCUCCGAAAGAUGGGGAGUUAUGGCAUCGUGCCAAAUUCUACCACGUGCACCAUCAUGAUCAGCUUUUAUGUGAAAAUAGGAGAUAUGGAGCGGGCCGAGCUUGCAUUUCAUGAAUGGUUCUCGAAAGCGAAAAAGAAACAUCCUAUUGCGUCAGAACCGUUCGCUGCCAUGAUUUACGGAUGGGGUACCAUCAAGAGGGAUCUUCCAGCUGCUUUGUCGUGGUGGACCAAAAUGAAAAACGCGGGAGCCAUGCCCAACUCUUCGGCGUAUACUUGUCUCAUUCAAGCACACUCUCACGCGCACGGUUCCCUAGAAUCGAUCCUACACAUCUUCGAUCGAUUGAUUGAAAGGCGUGACGGACCUAGUGUAGGUGUGGAGGCUCCCACAGCAUGUGUUGCCCUAGACGCCUGCGGACGAUUCAAUUCUAUCAAUGCUGUCCGUGAGGUGUGGAACCGGUUGAAGCAUCACCAGACAGACGUAAAGAUUGCAAGGUGGGAGUGGGAAAAUGUUUAUACCUCGUACUUGGAGGCAUUGAUACGGUGUGGCGAGUUCGAACAUGCUGUUAAAGUCCUUACGGAGGAAAUGGUGGCAAGCAAGGUGAUGCCUUCUGUCAAGACCUUCGAAACUUGCUUGACUUUGCUUGCAACUCGCGAUGCAGAUCCUAAAUAUGUGGCAUCAGUGGAGACGUUUAUGAAGAGGUGGCCAGACAUUGCGGCGCAGGUUCACGUCCGGGUGGCGGCCUUCAAACAGCAAUAUGAAGAGCGUAGGAGAGAGAACAUGGCCGCUGUCAGAAGAGUUCGGACGGGAGGCCGAAAGAAAGGCUCAGAUGUUCUCAAAGUGCCGCAAUAGAUUCCGACGGCAUAAAUUGAAUUGUACAAUAUGUAGAGAGGAUAGCGAAAUUGGAGCCAUGUAGAAACAAGCAAAGAUGUUGAAUGCACCACUUAAUUCCACCUAUUGAUCCUCGUAAAAUGCAGUCAUGAACUAUACGUCGAUCGGUGAUAAAGUAACGAG